CUGAUUUUCAUUUAGUUAUCGAACAACUUUUGUUUACUACUUUUCGAUAUUGCUCUCGAUAGCUGUUUUCGAAGAAUUUUACCAACACAAUUCUUCAUUACUGAACUGUGUGUUCAAACUGUUGUGGAAUAUAAUAUUGCAAGAUUCAAUGGCUUCUAAAUGAACUUACUCGAUUGAAAAUAUAUCAGUGGAUAAAUAUGUCGAAAAAUAUAAUCAUUUUCAGUGAAACUUGAUAAUUAUACCAAUUGUGUUUUUAUUUUAUUGAAAAUAAAUGAAUUGUUUUAAAGUUAAUAGCAAUUUUAAAUUGUUUUGAUCAGUGUUAGAAAUUUACAGUAACUAAAAAUCAGUCAUGUAUAAAUAUAAAAUUAAAUGAAUUAUUACCCAUGAUUUGGCGUCCUGGGAGUACCGUGAACAAUGAAAAUAAAUAACAUAGACUUGAAGUAGCAGGCUGAGGUACAGGAGGACAAAUUGGAAGUGGAUAAAGUGAAUAUCAUUGUGGAGAAAAGUGAAGCAGCUUAUAGAUAAUAGAAAAGCUAAAUAGAAAGAACCCAAACGAUGUGCAAUAAUAUGAGGAUACGAAGAUUUUUGUGUCUUCUCUUUGUUUUUGUUGGUAGUUCGUUGACACAAACGAUUCAACAUUGUCCCAAACCUGCUGAUAUUAGUCCAUGCUCUUGCUCUGUCAAGAAAAAUGGUUUGGAUAUCAUUUGUGAAUUUACAGACCACGUACAUAUCAACAAUGCUAUAACAGCUCUCAAGCAACAGCAAAAUGCUAUUAUUUUUUAUCUUAAGUUACGCCACAAUAGUUUCCCCAAGCUUCAAGGUUUUGUGUUCUUGGGAUUAGUUGUUCAACAUCUUACUAUACAUAACAGUAGUCUUGCAACAGUUGAAGAAAGCUCUCUUAGCUCUAUUGGAAAAGGACUAACGCAAUUGGAUCUUUCACAAAACUACCUCACUUAUGUACCAUCUUCAGCUUUAGUAAAUCUUCACUCCCUCAUAAUAUUGAAUUUGAACCGGAACAAAAUUAAGGAAUUACAUGCACGUUCAUUUGCUGGAUUGGAUACACUAGAAAUUCUGAGUCUUUAUGAAAAUAAAAUUUCUUCAAUCGAUCCUGAUGCAUUCACUGGCCUUGAUGACCGGAAAUUAAAGCGGCUAAACCUUGGUGGAAAUCAGCUGACAAGUGUUCCUACAUCAGCUUUAUCAUCCCUGGAUGUGCUAAAAAAGUUAGAGUUGCAAGAGAACAAGAUUACAAGCAUUCAAGAGGGAGAUUUUGAAGGUUUGAAAAGUCUUGACUCAUUGGUAUUGUCACACAAUCAAAUUCGUGAGGUGCCAGCACGAGUAUUUUCACACUUGACUCAAUUAAACUCUCUAGAGCUUGAAGGUAAUCUUAUCAACUAUGUGGAUCCUGAUGCUUUUAUAGGUUUAGAAGAGAAUCUUCAAUACCUCAAGCUCAACGAAAACAAUUUACAUAUUAUACCAAGUGAUGCGCUCCGACGUCUUCAUCGCCUUCGCCAUCUGGAACUCAAAUCUAAUAACAUCACCGUCCUUUCAGAUGAUGCAUUUACUAGUUAUGGAGACUCUAUAUCAUUUCUGAACCUCCAGAAAAAUUUAAUUAAGACCCUGCCUGUAAUGAUAUUUGAAAAUCUCAAUUCUCUCCAAGCACUUAACUUAGGAAACAAUAAAUUGACACACAUUCCUGAAGAGACAAUUGAAGAUGUUCUUGAUACUUUAGUCAUGAUUGAUAUAACAGACAACCCGCUAAUCUGUACUUGUGAUCUACGAUGGUUUCCUUAUUGGCUGAAGAAUUUAAAAGGUCAAGAUGACGACACGAUGUCAAAGAAAAGAACCGUCUGUACAAUGUUACCAGAAAAUCGCGAAUAUGCAUUACAAAAUAUCCCUCUCGAAAAAAUGGGUUGUGUUGGAAAGACAGGCAGAAUAUCAGGAUCAGGCAUUGCAUCUUAUUAUAACGUGAAUGUUCUUCAAUUUAUUAUCGUCGUGAGUACAGCAGCUUUGCUGUAAUAUUAACGAGAUGAUAACAAAUUUAUUUAAUAGCUUAUUUAGUUAGAUUCAAAUCUGCAUUAAUGAAUUUUAAAGCAUUUUUCAUGAGACUUUCUCUUCGAUAUCAAGGAAGCAAUUAGUGUAGACAAUGA